AUGACCAUCUACGCCUUGUACAUCUUUGACAGACAUUGCAACUGCAUUUACUCUCGGGAGUACUCGCAAAAGCCAAACGAUCCAGGCUCUGUCAACAAAAGCAACGAAUCCGACAUGGCAAAGCUCCUCUUUGGAAUGGUGUACUCGCUCAAGAACCUCUCGCUGAAACUAGGACCCGAAGACUCCUUCAAUAUUCUUCGCUCAUUUAGCACCUGUCACUACCGCAUUCACUUCUCGGAGUCGUUAUCCAACUUCAAGUUUGCCCUUAUUUCGGACUUGUCUGUUGAAAACUUGCAGGAUGCCUUAUGGCACCUUUAUUCCAAUGUUUUCGUCAACACUGUCGUUCUCAAUGCCCUAAGUCCAGUGGAAUUUGGUGAAACCUACAUCAGCAACACUUCAUUUACUCGUGCUUCCGAUAAUUACUUGAGGACCUUACCUCAAUUUCAGUGA